CCCCCCGGGCCCGGGGCCCCCCCGGGACCCCCCCCCGGGCCGGUGCACAUGAACCUGUUCGCCACCUGGGAGGUGGAUCGCAGCUCGCCCAGCUGCGUGCCCAGGCUGUUCAGCCUCACCCUGCGGCGCCUCGUGCUGGUCCGGGAGGUGGCCAAAGACCUGGGCUCGGUGGUCAUCGCGGUCAAGCUGCAGGGCUCCAAGCGGAUCCUGCGCUCCAACGAGAUCCCGCUGCCCCCCGGGGGCCCCCCCGAGACCGAGCUGCAGCUCACCUUCUCCCUGCAGUACGGGCACUUCCUGAAGCGCGACACGAACCGGCUGCAGGUGAUGCUGCAGCGCCGCAAGCGCUCCAAGCACCGCCCGUUCCUGGGCUACAAAACGCUCGCGGUGGGGCUGAUCAACCUGGCCGAGGUGCUGCAGCUGCCCAGCGAGGCCGGCCAGGCCCUGGUGCUGCACCGGGCGCUGACGGAGCCGCUGCCCGUGGCCGAGGUCGGGGUGGUCGCGCUCUCGAGCCAGCCCGUGGAGCCCGAGGGCAAAGCCAAGGGAGCGGACCGCUCCCCGGACCUGGACCAGGACUCGGAGGAGGAGGAGGAGAGUUUCUCCUCGGAGCCCGAGGGCAGCGAUGACGCUCUGCCGGGCCAGGACCUGUUCGAUGAGGAGGAGGAGCUGCCCAAGGGGAAGAAGCCGAGGAGGAAGGGCCCGGGGGGUGCCAGGCACCCCAACAUCAAACAGAAAUUUGUGGCGCUGCUGAAACGAUUCCGGGUGUCCGAGGAGGGUGGCUUUGGCCUGGACCACGUGUCCCCGGCGCGGAUGCGGGCGGUGGCCGAGGACCUGGACGAGCUCUACGACUCCCUGGAGAUUUUCAACCCCAGCGACAGCGGCGCCGACCUGGACGACACCGACAGCGUCCUGAGCACCCCAAAACCGCGGCUCAGGCCGUUCUGAGGUCUCUCCCAGUCGAGCUCCCAGACCGAGAUGGGCAGCGAGGGCCCCGCCCCGUUUGGGAGGGGUCCUCGCCCCAGUUCGGGGUAA